AUGCCUACUGAAAUAACGUCCUUGCCUGAGGAAGUGAUAACUAUCAUUCUCGGCUACAGUGAAAUUACUAUUGAAGAUGUCAUUAACUUUAGAUGUGUGUGUAAGAGAUUUCAAUAUGCAGCCAAGUACGACAAGUUUUUCGAAAAGAAGCUUUUUGAGAGAUGGCCUUCUGCGAAGAUGUUUUAUGACAAGUAUAAGGAAAAUGAGCAGAAAGAAUCUGAAGGAAACGUACUAGAGAUAGAAGAAAACAUAAAUUUUAUUCAAACAGGCAUAAAUUGUGAAAAGUUGUUGCGAUAUAAUCGAAACAUAUUGCGAUAUAAAAUGUCUCACUAUACAAAGCUAUAUUCGGUAGGAACUCAGUUGAAAAUAUUGCUAAAAACACUUGGAGAUCAGCGUUCGGAAGAAAUCUUUACUCUCCUGGCACAGUAUUUUCAACCUCGAAAAGAUGUGCGUUACUCGGACGUAAAAACAUCGUUGGAUAGAAUCGCACAAGGUGUAUUGGAUUGUCUCAAAAAGAUACAUCCCCACCAUUCAAUAUUCUCGACGUCCACUGCAAUUUUUUCCUAUUGGGAAAACAACAAUAUUGAUGAUAAUCAUUGGAACGAGACAGAAAGUGUCCAGAUCAUGGAUACACUCCAGGAAUAUAUAUUUGGUAAAUUAAACUUUCGAUCAUGCAAAUUGAACGAUUCAAAAUUGGAAUACAUGUGCAUAGAUAAUGUUUUACAACAUAAAUUUGGUCAAGAAGUAAUUGUAUUAAUAAUAUAUCGCAGCGUAGCUAAAAGACUUGGUCUACGUUGCGAUAUUCUCUUGGAUAGAUACAUCUCGAACGACAAGAGUACAUAUUGCCUAUAUUGGAAACUUAAAUAG